UCUGCUUGUGACAUCGGUUUAGGGGUAGCUUGUGGGGCGCUAGAGUGGAGCCGCCGCCGUCGUCCGGUGAUCAUAGCGCCCGCCCUCGCCAUGUCGGACUUCGACAGUAACCCCUUCGCGGACCCGGACCUCAACAACCCCUUCAAGCAAGGGCUCUGGUUGGUGAUUAGUCCUUUGAACCCCACAGAAGAAUUUUCCCUGUGGUCACAAGUUCGUCACAGCUUCAGCUCAGAACAAGCACAUAAAGUCAUGAAGAGGAUCCUUCGGUUACACAAGUGACAAGAAAUGUUCCACCAGGAUUAGAUGAAUACAAUCCUUUCUCAGAUUCCAGAACACCUCCACCAGGAAAUGUGAAAAUGCCUAAUACACCUGCGCCCAGUACACAACCAGCUAUAAUGAAACCAACAGAGGAACCUCCUGCUUACACACAAGUAGCAAAGGAGCAUGCAUUGGCCCAGGCUGAGCUGCUUAAGCGCCAAGAAGAACUAGAAAGAAAAGCAGCAGAACUAGAUCGCAGAGAAAGGGAAAUGCAGAAUCUCAAUCGACAGGGUGGCAGGAAAAAUAAUUGGCCGCCUCUGCCUGGGAAUUUUCCAGUGGGUCCUUGUUUCUACCAGGAUUUUUCUGUAGACAUUCCUGUAGAAUUCCAGAAGACAGUAAAGAUUAUGUACUACUUGUGGAUGUUCCAUGCAGUGACACUGUUUCUAAAUAUCUUUGGAUGUUUGGCCUGGUUUUGUGUUGAUCCUGCACGAGGGGUUGAUUUUGGAUUGAGUAUCCUCUGGUUCUUGCUUUUUACUCCUUGUUCAUUUGUCUGCUGGUACAGACCACUUUAUGGAGCCUUCAGGAGUGACAGUUCUUUCAGAUUCUUUGUGUUCUUCUUUGUGUAUAUCUGUCAAUUUGCUGUACAUGUACUCCAGGCUGCGGGAUUUCAAGGAUGGGGUAACUGUGGAUGGAUUUCAUCUCUGACUGGGCUUAACGAGAGUAUUCCUGUUGGCAUUAUGAUGAUAAUCAUAACAGCACUUUUCACAGCAUCUGCUGUCAUCUCACUAGUUAUGUUUAAAAAGGUGCACGGCUUAUACCGCACAACCGGUGCUAGUUUUGAGAAAGCUCAGCAAGAGUUUGCAACUGGUGUGAUGUCCAACAAAACUGUACAAACAGCUGCAGCAAAUGCAGCAUCUACAGCAGCAACUAGUGCAGCUCAAAAUGCUUUCAAGGGUAACCAAAUUUAGUGAAAUACAAAAAUCAUUACAGUUCUCUUUGACUAUACUUUAUUUUCCAUCUUAUUAAUUCUAUUCCUAAAGACUUGCGUUCAAAAUACACACAGCAUAUAUGUCUCUCCUUCAGCUGUGCAUGGGCUAAAACAAGAAAAAAAUUCUUGUUUUAUUCCUUUAUACGUUUAUUUAUCAAAACAAAAAAACCCACAGCCAACCUUCUUUGCCCUCUUUAAAAAGUUAAAUACACUCUAGAUAUAUAAUUCUCCAUAUUUUCUGGAGGAGCAAUAUUUUGGUGGAAACUUCAGCAAUGGAUCUGAAAUUGAUAUGGUACUUUCUGUGAUCAGUUAAAUGUAUUUACAGGGUUUUUUUUAGUAUUUCACUCUGGAAUCUUUUUUUGUUUUAACUUAAGGAAAGCACUCUGGAGCAGUUAUCUUUGUUCCUGAGAGCCUGUUUCCCUAUUUCUACUGUAAGAAGUAGACUGAUAGUUUGAGACUUAGAUUUGGCUACUGCUGUGGCAGUUUAAGCAGCUGAUGGACAGAUAUAAGUAUGGUAGAUAAUGUAAAUUUUUUUGGGGGGGGGCAGUAGGUUUUUUUAUAUAAAUCUACAAGUUUGCAUGAAUAUUGUUGAGAUAUUUGGCCAUGCUGAAUUAGUGUUUUGGUCCAGGAUUUAUCUGUACCACUUAUGAUUAUAGUGUUGGUUUGUAUCCGUUGUCAUGGCAUACUUUCUUCUAAAUCAGAAAUGGCUAUUGCAUAGACAGUCUCGCUGCCAGAAUGUGUAAUGCCAUGUACAGUUAAGAGAAGUUAACUGAUGGUUUUGAUCAAAGAGCUAAAUGAUUAUAUUUGUUAUUUUUAAUUUCAGUUUUAUGUCUUAGGAAAACACAUUCUGUUAUCAGAAAAAUUAUCAACCUUUAGAAUACUUCCAUAACCAGUUGUUUGCCCCCUUUUAAAUGCAGUGAAAUUUUUGUGGGGGGUGUGUGUGUGGGAGGGAUUGUUGGAUUUUUCUUUUUUUUCAGUGUCAGUUAGUGUUUACCAGUGGUACUAAAUCUAUAGCUUGGUCAGUCACUCUAUUUACUGCUUGUCCAAAAAUCUGAAUUUUUUUACAGGAAUAUUUUCUCUAAUCAAACUUUUUAAACUGUGGCACACAUACUUGAAUUCUUUUUAACGCACCUCAGCCUUCAUGUGUGAUUUGAUUCAAGCUGAAUAAUGAAAGAUUCUUAACUAUUUUGAGUUGGAAAAGUGAAAUAUUUUUUAUUUCCAUUAAGAGAGAAUAAAAUUAAAUACAUUCACAUUGUUGAAAUGAAUGCUUUCUAAUAGAUUAAACUGAUGCACCGUGAUUCAUGCUGGAACUUAGCAUAGUAAUUUUCCAAAUCCUAAUCAGCUCUUGCUUCAAAAUCAUGUUGCUGUCUAUUUAAGGCCAUUUGAAAUUCCUAGGUAGGUUGGUUGAUUGAAUGAUAAUAUAUGUAGCACUUUGGACUAAGUUUAAAAUCGUAAAAUGCCAGUUUCAGAAAGUGAGAUCACUAAGGAUCUGAUCCCCAAAUCUUACAUAAAUGCUUUCACUGAAAUCAGUAUGACUGCUCAUAUGAAUAAGGGUUUGCAAGAUUGAACCUUAAAAUUAUAAAGGCCUAGUGUAUACUAGGACAUUUGGUUGGUAUAACUGUUGCUCAGGGGUGUGAAAAAUCCACAUCCUUGAGUGAUGCAGUGAAACGGACCUAAUUUCCUAGUAUAGACAGUGCUAGGUCAAUGGGUGAAUUCUCCUGUCAACCUAGCUACUGCCUUUUGGAGAGAUGGAGUGCCUAUGCUGACAGGAGAACCUCUCCUGAAGCAGUGCAGCUGCAGCAUUUUAAGUGUAGACAAGCCCAGAGAGGGCCUCAUGUCCAGAAUGUGGCUUGGUUUUGACAGAGGAAUUCUUCUCACUUCAAUUUAUGGAUAUUGUAAAAUAAGACCAUUUUUAAAAAUACCCGUCGUCAACUUAAUACCUGGAGCAGCGUAGCACUUGCAUAUGUAAGUCCCUGUAAAUAAAUUACAAGUACAACUUAAAUUCGUAAUUUAACUUCUCGAAAUCCCAUUUUAGUAGUGAAGAUAAAUAUGGUAAAAACAUAUAUGAUGAUCUAUACUGAAGUUGUUGUUCAUAAUUAUAUUGUUUCCAGAUAGAAUUCUCUUCACUGUGAAGUAAACAAUGCAAUUGAAAUAACAGUAACAGGAACAUUCUAAAGCUUUUCCCCAGCACUUUUUGAAAGUCAGUAGAGGAGGUUUAAUUUUUUUAAAAAUUUGUUUAAUCUUUAAUGUUCCAUCUGAACUUUUAUUUUACAGUUUGCGUUGUGAUCUGCUAACGCGUUUCAGGCCUCUCUAGAUCCAAGUCCUACUUUAGUGAGUUGUCUUAACCAAAUAUAAAAAUUGUACCAAGGACUUCCUUUAAGGGUGGAUCUUAAGCCUGAAUUAAGCUUUUUUCUUUUUCUCAUGGGGUAUAAGAGACAUCAUCCUCACAGUUAAAUUUAUUGUCAUACUGUAGAAUAGUAGAUUACCAGCAUGUGAUAUUAUUAAAAAGCAACUUGAAACUGACAGGCACGUGCCUAGUUACAUUCUUACAGAAUAUAAUACAUAUGGUUGUUUCCUUUUUACCAUGUUUACCUCUGCACUCAAAAAUGCAUGAUGGUACAAAAUUAAUAUAUAUGAAUAUUUGAUCCAAAGGAAAAAUAUUCUCAUUUUAGAUUUGAGAACUGAAGGCUGAUGUUCGUUAAAAUAUUUUUACUUAACUAACAGGUGUUGGUCUAUCAGUUAACAUAAUAUGCACCCCACUUAAUUUGUCAUUUUGUUGUAUUGUGGCAAAUUUGGUUGAAAGUAUGAAGUUUAAACACUGGAAUGUCAAUAGUCAGUGAUCUGUAAUUUAGGAUUUGGAUUUAUUUAUCCGAGGGAUGUUUGUAUAUUUUGUAAAUUACUAACAAUGCUCUGCCAUCCUAGUGAAUGUCAUGGUUCUGUAGAAACACACUCAUUCUGUCCCACUGCUGUUGCAUGUCUGAGUAGUUCACAAGUUUUGUAUAUUUAUUGUAUUAACACAAGGUUAUAGAAUAAAAAUACUGUUUGCUCAGAAUAGUUUUAAACAUAGGGAUUUUUUUUAAAGGUCAGGUAAACAUGCAGGAAGGCUGCUCUGUAUAAAAAUGUCAUUUGGUUUUUACAAUCUGUAUAUAAAUUCUGUAAUCUGCUGAAAUGGGAAAGUAAGCUGUCCACUAUCAGAAUAACAAAUUAGUAUGACUAGACUUGGGCUACUAAAAUAGUAUGAAGGAAAACUUCAGCAGCGCUUGCAGCACUUUGUAUGUGUGCUAGACAUUGAAAGUUUAAAAACAAAACCAAAUCUCUCUCUCAAAAAAAAGGUGUUUUGUCAGUACGUAAUGAAACUACAAGUAUUAAACCUUACCUAGGAUUUUACUGGAAGUAAAUGAAACUUCUGAAAAUAAUAUUGGUUUUGCUACUGUUUAUUUUUCUGUUUUCUGAAUUGACGCUUCUGUAUCAAUAUUUUGUUCUGCUGUUUCUGUUCUAGUGUUACGGUAUAACAUUGCUGUCUACUGCUGUUUCAUAUAAUUAGUAUGUCGAGUAUGUUACUGGAUUUAUUACCCUCUUAUAUUAAGGGUUUGUAAACAGCUAACUUGACAGUUGAUGUAGACCAUUGUACUGUAAUAGUGUUUUGCAAAUGCACAGUACAGUGAUUCUCUUGUUCUAAUAUGUAGCCAGUAUUUUUUCUAGGCAGUUUUCCAAUCAGAAGUGACUUGUUCAAGACAGUUGCACACCUAACAGUAGUGAAAUUAUCUAUCACCAAUUUUCCCUGUUUUCCUCUUCCUUUGUUACUCUGUAUUUAGCGUUUUGGCAGCAGAUUAACUUCUUUAAAGGGGCACAUUCAACUCUAAAAAGUUUUGGGUAUACUAUACAACAAGUAAUAUUUAAAAUGGCUAAAAUAAAAAGCAAAAAAACCCCACUGUUGUGUAUAGUCAGUUAUGAUAGAGCGGCACUUCCUUGCUCAUGAUUAGAAUGAUUACGUAACUGUCAUGCAUUGCUCCUGAGGAGAUUGUAUGCUCCCCAGGCUCUGCCCAUGGAGGCUUACCAGGAAAAAAAAUGGCAGCAGAAAGGCAGAGAAUUAGGGAGGGGAAAGAAAGGUGAGCGCUCUCUAAGACCCUUAGAAACAAAUAGCAGGGAGGCAGAAAAACACUUACAAAACUUUACAUGGUGUCAAGUAUCAGCGGGGUAGCUGUGUUAGUCUGUAUCCACAAAAACGAGGAGUCUGGUGGCACCUCUAAAGGCUAACCGAAUUUUUUGGGCAUAAGCUUUCAUGGGUAAAAAACCCACUUCUUCAGAUGCAUGGUUUACAUGGUUUGACUUUUAAAAAAAUGUAAGGGAUGUUUUGUCAGGAAACCUGGAGUUUCAGAAAUAAAUACAGAUGGACAGUUUCCCUUUAAAGCUAUAUCCUCCUUGGGAAGGAAUUUUAUGGCUAUAUUCAGUGUCGUCUUUUCCUAGGAAACCUUGUAAAAACACACAUUCUCUCUGCCUGUGUCUGUCUGUCAUAAAGAGGCAUUAGCUGUAACAUUUUUUUCUGGAGAGAGGCAGAAACAACCAGAUUUUUAACUGCACAUUAUCUAUGUGUGGAGGCUAGAUUUGCAAAUGGCGCUGUAUUUGCCUCCAUUUUUAUUUUUUGUUUGAAAAUUUUCUUAGUACAUCUGUCAGCUCAGUGAUUGCUGUGGUUGAGCACUAUGGUGGUGAAAUAAAACAUGGUUUCAGUUAUCAAUCAGGUUUGUUUUCCUAUUGUUAGAUCUAAUUCUUCCUAGGAUUUUGCUCAUCUUUGUAGCAGUUAAAGGGUGAUUUUUAAAAAAAAGUUAAGCCUUCAUUCAGUUUUCAUUAUUAUAAAUGCUGUUCAGAAGAAUAAGGUCAAAAUAAUUCUAUACUAUUUGUUUAUUGCUGGCAAUCAUGUGGACAUGUAUUCUUGUUGGAAAUAUUUAACUGUCUGCUUUAAAAAAAUAGUCAAUUCUCAAGACAUUUAUAGGGGCUGGGGGGUCUGUCUUAUGAGAGUCUAAUAUGUGUUUUACUCUUCAGUGUACCAGUCCUAGCUGGCUUGGUAAGGUGAACAGAAAACAUUCCACUUACAAAUCAAGCACUGGGCAGAAUGGAACAGAUAUAAUUGAGAUACUUCUGUCAAAUGUUUCCCUCCAACAAGUAAAGAAGAAAAUUAAAUUUCAAUAAUAAAUAAAACAUAAUUAGCUUUUGUGAGGGUUUCUGCUCUGGAGAAAAAUGAGAUGAAUUUACAAAGGAAACAGUACAUAUCUUUUACUUCAGUAGUGGGAUAAUAGCUUAGCUAUGUAUUGGCACUAAAAUGGAAAUCACGACACAUUUCUGAGAAAUAUUUGAAGUCUAGGGAAGAAUAGCUCUGCAAGCAUUCAAUUUUGUUCCAAAAUAAAACCGUUUCCAAGGCCAAUUCUUAACAGAAGCAUAGACAGUUACUCGCUAAAACUUUUUCACAUUUUCAUUAGUCAUAUAGUAUGUCCUCAGGUAAUGAUCGGGUAUGGUAAAGUGUUCAUUGUACUACCUUAACCUUGUUACUGUAUGUAUGUUAUAACACCACCUCUUGAAGCAAAAGCAAGGAAUUCAUGUACAUGACAGGGCAAGAGCAGUUUCUGUAUGUUUGUGCUGGCUUCUGCCUAUGGGCUGUCUAUGCAUAAUAAUGUUUGUUUGUUAAGGAAACUUUCACAUCCUGAAUUGGGAAAUAAGAUGCAAAUUUUUGAUAUUGAAGUUGGAUAUUGUGCUGGAGCGACUGACCAGUGAGCCCACUGCUAGAACAGAGUUGGACUAUAGCUUCUGUACUGUCUUAGUUUAAGGGCACAAGGCCAACACAUUGGUGUCUGUCCCUGGGCUGCAGGGAGCACUUCUCUGGAUUAGCGGGUUUUACUGCCAGAGCUGGGUGGAUAGAGAUAUAUCAGUUAUGGUGAUCAGCUGGCUCAGAACACUUUAGGCAUCUGUGAAUUUGCCACAGUUGCUCUUGGAAUCCUCAGAGUCUGGCAGUUGCAAAGUGUGUGAAUUUUGAGCCUUGCUGCAGAAGCUGCUAAGAAGGUACAUAAAUAAAAUUGACACCAGCCUAGUGAAGUGAAUAUGAAUUACCUGUGCAUUGGCCAGCGUGUCAGACACACUUUACCUGCAGUUGUCGUUCUUGGCCCAUCCCUGGGGUGCUGGCAGUGCAAUUGGGAACUUUUUAUAGUAUUGGUGAAGGGCUGUUGGCUCCAUGACAUGUCUUUUUGAUGUUUCUCAGGGAAGAAUUAGACCAUGGGGGUAUGUAUGAUUCUUUGUUCAAAAUAGAAGGAAGAGGUGUUACAUCUUUUCAUUUCAAUUACAUGUUCUGGAAUUGGCUGGGUUGACAUGGCUUUUUCUCUGCUACGCUUCCCAGCCAGGCCAACUGAAUUUCCAUCUCAUUACUGUCUCUGAGUAUUGCCAAAGGUGGCUAAUGGCCAUGCAUUUAUAGCAUGGAUUUUGUCACUUUUCUGUUAGGUGAAGUUCACUCUGGGACCAUCACUCUGAAGGCACAAGUAUUCAAGGAACAGCUUCCACAUGCAGUAUGAAAGGUUUUUUUUAAACUUACUUUGCCAUGUAGAUACCAACAUCUUCAAAACCCUUCUCUCCCUGUAAAGUCUCAUGCAGGUUUUUAAUAUUUUUAAAAAGCAAAGGGUUUACAGUUGCUCUUAGGUGCAGAUAGAUGAAUAGGCAGAACAUAGAUGAGCCUCUUUAAAGGUAUAUAAUGAAGUUCACCUUGUCCAAUAGGUGGAAUGAGACAGACACCAAUGUGUGUUUACCUGUGGAGCCUCAGUUUUGCACUCAAAUAUAUAAUGAAAUCUUAUCUUAUUAGUACCAACCUUUUUAGGGAGUUUUGGGCUCUAACCUUAGGUUAAAGUUAUAUACCACCUCUUUUGAAAAAUGUAUUAGUUUUAUUUACAUACAUCAAGCCAUUGUACAGUUUUAGUACAGUCAGCAGAUGAAAUACUUUAGGGACACAGGUUGUUUUGUUUCUCAAAUUAACAUAAAAAGGAAGAAGCCAUAGCUAUGGUUAUUGAUAUCCCUUAACAUCUCUACAGUGAUAAAGUAGUAGCUCAUAGGGGAUUCUGCUGCGUUGGAAGCUACCUUGCUAUCAGUUCUGGGUUCUUCAUUUGGAAAUAGCAUGAGGUUCUAAGGAGCUAAACCCCAUGCUUGAGUCCUGUCAUGUAACAGAAUUAGAAAUGUUUACCUUUUCAGCCAGUUCUGGCUUUUCAAGUAAAAUAACUGGACCCAACUGCUUUAAAAUAGGUGACAGCACAAGGUAGUGCAAUUAAAAACCUUUACACUAAGUGUUUGUUUGUGUCAGAAAACUCUUAACAGGUGGCCACCAUGUUCAGCAGCACUACACUAGGAGUGAGUAAGCCUGGGUUCUGUUGCCAGUUCUAACCAGUUCCCUACUUCUAAAAUGCACAUGCUACUUACCCUCCUUUUAUAAAGUGCUUUGAAGUCUAUGGAUAAGAAAUAAGUGCUUUAGUAUCAUAGUAUUUAAAAGCCACUACACACACAAUUGGUCAGUGUUUCACAUGCCUUAAAAUCUACUUUUCUUACUCUUCCCACACCAAAAGAGAAACCAUGGUAGUUUUAUGUUGCAGAUACAUUAGUUGUUAAAGCUAUAUUUAAUUAUAAAAUCACUUUUAAUUCAACUUGUAUAAAAGAUUGCUACAAUUUAAGAUCAGCUGCUUAGUGAUCAAUAUGUAAGUGGUAAUACAGUGUCACAAUCACUGCAAAAUCUCUAAUGUAAAUUUUCUAAGUAUAAAUCCCUUAAUGUAUGCACCCUGAUCAGCCUUAAAAUACUGAAGCAUGUUCAAACUAAGAUAGUCCAGAGCUGUGGUAAUAAGAAUUUAGUUUACAAACUCCACUCUAAGUCAGCUUUAGAUAAUAAAAACAGAUAUUACUGGGUACCUAGUCAGUGCUGAAAAACAUUACACAAAGCACUGGUCACUCAACAGCAGUACCACAAACAAACAAUGGAAUGGAUAGGUGAUUAACCACAGCCUACAUUCCUAUUCAGUUUUUGCAACAUAUACAGGUACUGCCCAGUUGUUUGGUGGGGCACUGCCUUCACCACAGAGCCAGUGAUGACUCCUGCUGUAGCAGGCUUCCCCCACCAUUGGCUUUAAAGAAAAUUUGACUUCUGCAUUUAAAACUGGGAAAUUCUGGCAUUGAAUACUAAUACAAAAUUUAAAUGAUCUAUUUGAAAUUCCCCAGACCAAGAGGUGCCUAAGUAAGUGUUCGUUAGGCAAAAAGAUGGUACUAGAGAACCAGACUGUAGCUAUUAGCAAUGUUGACGCAGUGCCUAGUAGUCUAUAGAGCACAUGGAGAGACAUCAUCAAGCAGUGCUGAACUUUUCAACUCCUAGUUGUUAGAUUACAGUGCAGGUGUGCAGCUUCACAGUUGGAAUUUAAGGCUAUAAAUAAAGCAGGCUUGGAUUACCCAGAUUUGAGUAUUUCAAAUGAAUCUAGAAAAGAAAUUUUAGAUAAACCUUUAAACUACAAUCAAUGUUAUCCUAUUUCCUCUAGCAUUACUCUAAAGUAGCAAUAAGUUUGUCCAAAAACAAAAUUCCAACCACUCUUCACUUGGUAGUCCCUUUUUAAAGCAUAUCACAUUUUAAAAAAAACACUUAUGUUAUUGCACAUCUCACACAAAUUUGUGUAUAUAUAUUUAAAUAUGCUAUACUCCAAAAAUAACUAUGGCACUUUACAGAAUAUAUGUUUACAAAGGUGAUCAAACCACAGAUGUUUAAAGAAUAUUUCUAUCUUUAAAAAAAUUUACAAAGUUAGUAUGUUACAAUUUUGAGGGAGUUAGACAGCUUUUUUUUUUUUUUAAAAGAUGCCACAUCAAACAUUCCUUGCACCUAAGCACAUGUACAUUAAGAAGCAGUUAUGCUAUAUGGCCCAUCAUGAAACUAAUUAAACAUGCCUGAAGCUGACAAAAGAAAAAUGAUUUUCAUAGAAUGUCUUGGGAAGGCCACUGUUCUCGUGGAACUAAAAUUCAGGAACAGCAGCCAUCAAACUUAAUGAGUUUUAAAAUGUGACCCACUCAUUAAGAAAAUCUGUAUGUAAUAAUAAAGCCAUCUUAUCACUUAUUAUCCUACCAUGUCUUCCAUCUAUGCCAGUCACUGAGUAUGACCUGUUGAGUUGAUUAGAUCAGUAUGAUGUUAUACUAGUACAAUAAUAGAAGCUGGUCCACUUCCCUUACAAAUUCAGAAAAACACAUGCAAAAUAAAUAUUUUAUGCACAGUACUAUAAAACCCAACAUUAAUAUUUUCAGCACUGUAAAAAGACUUAACAUAGUUAUGGCCUAAUAAUACAUUGUUCACUGCUUUUUUUUAAUUCAUACAAUACAUGGGGCAUGCGUGGUCCAAACCAGUUCAGUUAAGCACUGCAUGACACCUUUGAAAACCGUAAUCUGUCAUUGAUUAAUAUAGUACUUGGAUUUUUAACGCAUUUGUGACACUGUAUUAAGAGUGUCAUGAUUUAGUGGCAUUGAUUUUUUUUUAACAGCAUACUAUCUUCCUAAAGAAAACCAAAUUACAACAUUAAAAAAAAGAAUAUAAUUUAUCUUCACCCCAAUUCCAUGUGUUGUUCACAGCACUUAAGACUCCCUUUAGUUAAAAGUUCUGUAUCACAGCUGUUUUAGUGCCCCAGCUUGUAUUGUGCACAUUCCAAUGGGUGGGGGGGCUCGAAAGUAGUAGCAGCUGUGAACAAGUAAUAACCUUCGUAGAAGGUUCUUACAAGGUUUUUUUAUAGGAUUCAUCCACAUACAAAUAAUAUGGUUGAAAAUCUGGAGCGUGUGCUUCCUAAGGUAUACUUUGUAUGUACAAGGAAACAUAUUUCAAAGGCGCGCAGUUUCAAAUAAGACACAUUAUGAUGCCAUGGCUACAGUUUUGCUCUAACUCACCAAUUUUUGCAAGUGGUUAUAAUUUGUUUAAAAAGAAAUCUUGCUCUGUGCAGACACUUGGCAUAAAUGGUUCCAGCCCAUAGCUUUAUUAUGUUAAAUAUUUAAAAGAAAAGUGAGUUACCCGUUUUAAAAUCUUGUCUAAGAGUGCAGUGAGAUUGGGAGGGGGGGAAAAACACAGGUUUCUCAAGUGUGAAUUCUGGAUUAACAAGAGGAAAGGCUGGGUUCUCACAAUUCAGUGGUGAAAAAGAAAAUUAAAUAUUACCAAGGGGGAAGUUUUGCCCUGUGGCUAGCAUAACGCUUUCCACAUCAUUCUGCCCCGACAUCGGGAAUGUGCACAGGAGAACAGAGGUGUCAGCAGCACUGCUACAUAGGGGUCUUGGAUUUGUAUUUAAGGAGAAGCAGGGACUCUGGCACUCCAGCACAUUGAUUAUGGCUCACUACUACAACCUAUCAAUUUAAUGGGUCCAAAGUAACAGGUCUGGUUUAUCAGGAACAGACCAGAACAAAAUUAUUCCACUUCAAAACGUAAAUUAAUUGAUUUAACUUAUUAGAGAGGCAGCAUCAUUAGCAGCUGGAGCUUACAAACUACCCAUUUAUUAAAAAGAUAACGACAUUGUCUUUUUAAACCUUUAUAGUUGAAGCCUGGGCACUCACUAGAAUCUCUCACACAGAUCAAUAAUUUCUAAAGAACUGUUCCUGGGAAGGAGACUUCUACAGGAGCGGAUAAAGAGUUCAAAAAGCAUAGGGACCAUAUGUGCUCCAAAGAAACCUUUUACAUUUAAUGGUAUAACAAUGGUAAGACUGUGCAUGGUUAAUGCAAGCUGCAUUUCCCUCAGCUCUAGGUCAGGAAAGAUGCAGCAAAAAUAAGAACACAAAACCUUCACAUUUCUAUACAAAUUUGGUGUUCUCUACAACAAAUCAGUCUUGUAAUCCAGAGGCUAAUCAUUCUAUCUGCAGAAGUUAUUUGAUUUUUAACAUUACAGAAAAAUGGAUAAACUUGCAGACACCUUUUUAACAAUAGGCUCAGCAGCCUUCAGUGCCUAAUAGUAUUUUACCACCACCAUGAAAUAACUAUUCACUUGAUAUUUGAUUGGAAAUUUUAAAACCGUUUAUCUGUUUUGUGCUCAUGUAUCCCCAAGGCAGUACAGUAUUCUUUCUUCUAAUAUGCUCUCAGAAUAAUUCCAAUAACUGGAGAAACAACACAAGUAUUAUGACUGAACUGAACGCAUUUUGGAAAGGAAUGUCACUCGUGGCAAGCCAUAUUUCUGCUUCUGCUGAUUGUGCUGGAAAUGGGUCCAUACCAAAUGUGGUUAAAAAGAGUGGGAAAAGGUUUUCCCACAAACAUUUAGAAUUUGGCAUUGUCUCCUGCAGGGUGAACGUCUGUUACAGACUAAACUGGCUCUAAGACACUGGUCUGUGGACUGGGAAUGAGGUUUCUUUUGGCAAACAGAGAACUAUUGUAAUUGUAAACCCAACAUACAGUUCAUAUUUUUACUGAAGAGUGUCAACACUUGUUGGCAUUCACAAAAUAACCCUGUCAGUUGUGCUGCUGAGAGAAUAUAGUGUUUUUCCUAAAUAUUGAGGAUUCCUGGGAUUUCUAGUAAAGGCACCAUUUUUGUAUCCAAAGUUCAGUGUUUCACACAUUAGAUCCUAAAACAUUAUUUCUACCAUUUUUAUUUUAUAUAGGUAAACUCCAGGGUAACGACAGUUCCCCUGGCUCUGCUAUGAAACAAACAUAAUUUAACUUCAAAUCUAGCUGCUAAAAUAUAAUGUACCUACCACUUGUUACUGAUACUUCAUGCCAGAACAAACUAAAUAAUUUGAGCCCCUACCUCACUUUCUUUACAGUUUAUAUGACUUUUAGCAAGGUCUUAAUGUCAACCCUGUUCUUUGUCAUGCAUUUAAUUAUCCAAAAAAAAACCAGUUGUGCUUUAAGUAAUUUUAAAACUCAUCAACAAGCACCACCAUAUUAACUAUAGUACCAAACCAGAUGGCAAUAAAACCUUCACAAGUGAUUGAAGCCCUUGAAAACAAAACCUGAUUAAAUAGGCUAGUCCUGUACAUAGUAGAAAUGUGCUGGCUUUUAUUAUUUUAAUGCAGAUCCUUCAAAGUGACCAAGGUGGAGAAUGCAAUCUGAUAAAAUCAGAAAUUGUCAUGUAUAUUACAAUGUUUGUUCACUAUAUACACUCCCCCGCCUCGCUCUCAAGUUGUAUAUUCUGCUGAGUCCUGACCAUGUAGUCAUACCAAGAAUUCCCACAUAUCUACACUCUCUUUGCUUGAGAUCCUUCUUUCUCUGGUCCUCAUCGCCCAGCAAGUGAUAGAAUGUUCAGUAGUUCAAGGCUUAAUCACACAAAUUGUGAAAACAGGUAAGUGGAUCCUUUUAUCAAGUCAUUUAAAAGCAAAAUAGACUGAAGUCAGUGUUUCCCAGGCACUGAUUGAUCUUUUUUCCAUUGUAUUUAAAGGAGGCAGAUAAGGUUUUUCCCCUCUUCAAUUUCUUCUUGCACUUUGUCACUAGAUGUGGCAAUUUCUGCUUGUGCUGAGAAGACGGCACAGAUGAAUGUCAGACCAGUGCCACCGAUAGCUGUGUAGAAGGCCCAGCCCAGUGAGCAGUCUCCUAGUUUAUAAGCAGAAGCAUAAUGUCCACAAUAGCUUAUUGCCUUCUGGCAGCCCCAGCCUGCAGGGUACAGCAUCAAGCCUAAGAUAAGGAAGAGGCCUUUAAAAAAAAAAAAGAAGAAGAAGAAAAUUUAACAACCUCUAUAUAUUAGACAAUAUAACAUUUUGCAAUUAUUGUAAGGUACAAUGUUCGGUCACACCUGCUCCCCUACAAAUAAUAGAAAUGAGAGAUGAAAAACCCUGUUGGCCCAUCGUUCCCUGCGGUACACUGCAUAGUGCUUUGUUUAAAUUUCUAGUCCUUCCACCACUUUGCUGGAGAGAGGCUAUUUCACAGUCUAAUAGAUCUCACUGUCAGUUUUUCUCCUCUUAUUUAGUCUUUUUUUUUUUUUUUUUUUUAGCCCUAGCGAACAGGUUAGCCCUAGUUAUACACCUAUUGUAAAACCCCAGAGUAUUUCUGUCUACUUUUAUACCCUUCAAAUAUUUGUGAAGAGUUCUUGUAUUCUGCUCAGAGUCCUCACUUAGCCAAGGCACAUUUAAUCUUUCUUCAUAUAACAGUUUCUCUAGUACUUAAACAUUUUUGUUGUUUUUCUCCAAAUUCUCCCAUUUGAUCCUUGAACUUAAUAAGCAUGGCCAUACUCAAUCCAACCAAUGGUCCAUCUAGCCUAGUCUCUGACAGUGGCUAGUGCUAGAAGCUUCAGAGGGAAUGAACAGACCAGGGAAAUUUCAAGUGAUCCAUCCUCUUGUCCGGUCCCAGUUCCUGGCAGCUGAAGGACACUUGGAACAUGGAGUUGCUCCCCUGACCAUAUGUUUAGCAUAUCUGGCACUUAAAUGCACUUUGCAAUGCCGGCUACAAAGUCCCAUGCGAAUGCCUGUUCUCACUUUCUGGUGAUAUCGUAAAUAGGAAGUGGGCAGCAUUAUCCCUGCAAAUGUAAACAAACUUGUUUGUCUUAGGGAUUGGCUGAACAAGAAGUAGGACUGAGUGGACUUGUAGGCUCUAAAGUUUGGCACUUUUUUGUUUUUGAGUGCAGUUAUAUAACAAAAAAAAUCUACAUUUGUAAGUUGUAUUUUCACGAUAAAGAGAUUGCACGACAGUACUUGUAUGAGGUGAACUGAAAAAUACUAUAUCAUUUUCACAGUGCAAAUAUUUGUAACAACAUGAGCAGUAUACACUUUGCAUUCUGUGUUGUAACUGAAAUCAGUAUAUUUGAAAAUGUACAAAAACAUCCAAAAUACUGAAUAAAUUUCAGUUGGUAGUCUGUUGUUUAACAGUGCGAUUAAAACUGCCGUUAAUCGUGAUUAUUUUUUCGAGUUAAUCACAUGAAUUAACUGCAAUUAAUCAACAGCCCUACUAAGAAAGGGUAUUUUCUUUCAAAUUAUUUUUUGAAUUUUGCUUGGCAUGGCACUUUGAACAUGCAGGAUGUUUUUGUUCAAUUAUGUGUAGCAAAUUUAUUAAACUGCACAUAUCAAUAA